CAAUGAAAUUAUGAUUAAGCCAAUUAUACUAUUUUGUUAUUUAUUACUAAUAAGUGUUGAAAUAUCUGGAAAGCGUGUUAUUGUGAAACGUAAGACCACAAAAAGUACCCCGGUAGAAACGUGGAAAGGUAAGUGGUUUCCUGGACCACCACAUCCAAAGGAUGACUGGAAAGGAAAAUGGUUUCCCUAUCCACCUUAUACAAAUGGACAGAACCUAAAUGCACACGAUAAUAAACCACUUACGGUCUCCGAAAUUUGUGAUGAUGGCAAGCAAUACAUUGGAAUCGAUUAUGAUCCAAGUGAUGUCAAACAAUCUUUUGAACAUCUCUGUUUAGCGAAUCGCACUUUAUACACGCCGAAUAUGAAGCGUGAAGCAUUGCGAAUGGAGUACUUUAUCCCACCAGCCUACGUACCACCAGUGAAGUGCCUUAAUGAAACAAUUACUUACGAUACGAUAUUACCGACUUAUGGUGCCUACCGUCCAAUUGUUCCAAAAUAUGGUUCAUACAUAUUUAUGCCUCCCCAAAGAUAUCUUUCAUCACUCUCUCGUGGAGCUAUUGUAAUGCUUUACCAUCCUUGUGCGUACAGUGGUCAAGUGAAAUUAUUACAAAACACACUUAGUGCCUGUUUAUACCGUCACAUCAUAACACCUUCGCAGGCUCUGAGUCCGGAAAGACCGCUCGCUCUAUUGGCUUGGGGAAAAAGCUUAGAAAUGUCUGUUGUUGACGAUCAUUUGGUGGUCGAUUUCAUCAAACAGAAUGCAAGACAAGGCCCAAAUUUUUCCGUCAAGCAACGAAAUAAUACACAAAUGUACGAAGCGGGCUUACUGCAGGAAGCUCAUUUAAUUACAGAUGAAAAUGAUGUCGAGAUCUGUGGAUAUAAAGAGGGAAUGUAAAGCCUUAAUUUAACAACGAUGCAACAUUUAAAUUGUGAAUACCUAAAAUUAAGAAUCGAAUAUGUUUAUUAAAAAUUUACACGCCUUAUUGGGUUACAGAUAUAUAUCAAAAUUUAUAGUUCUAAUGUACCUAUGUAUAUACAUAUUCAUGAAUAAAAAAAUUGUUGAAUGUUAAUAAUAAAAAUUAAAAACCAAUUAAAA